AUGAUCAGUGGCGUCUUCGACACUUCAGUCUCCCAAACGCUUUACCUCUUCAUUGAUGCAAAGACCGAUGGACAUGAGACCUUCAAGGCUGUGAUUGAUGCCUUGGAACCACUACGUAAACAUGGUUAUUUGACGACUCUGAAGAAUAACAGGACCAUCACCAAUGGGCCCAUUACUGUGAUUGGCACAGGCAACACGCCUUAUGAUAUGGUUGCGCCUGUCGCAAACCGAGACUACUUUUUUGAUGCUCACCUCGAGUCCUUGAACGAGCCUGAGAAUGCCGGCAUCACAGACCUGAUCUCUCCCAUCGCGUCUACAAGCUUUGCGCGUGCCAUUGGCACAGUUUCGGAGGGCGAUUCUGAAGCGAUCUUGACAGAGAAGCAGCUUAGUACUCUCCGCUCGCAAAUCGCGACCGCAAAGGAAAGGGGCAUUGGAGCAAGGUAUUGGGAGACGCCCAGCUAUCCCAUCAGGACCCGUAAUUCGGUCUGGAGAACUCUGCUGAAGGAAGGUGUUGCGCUCCUGAAUGCCGAUGACCUCGAAGCUGCGGCCGGUUAUUUCUGA